CGCCAUGGGCCUGGAGAAGAAGGAUGUGAUCACGGCUGCAAUCGCCGCUCUUGUCUCGUGGUUGCUGCUCACGCACUGGGUACCCUCGUUCCGCUGGAUUCCCUACGCCUUUGUCACGGGCUGCAUCGCGACUCUCAUCGGCCUCGCAUUCCUCCUCUUGACCUCGUCCAAAGGUUCCAACCACCGCUACAACCAUGCCACUACCAUCAGACCCCCAGCCUUUGUCACCCCAGCCCUGUGGAAGCAAGAGAAGGCUGCGCUCAAGGCUCGCUCGAGAUACGACAAGACGCCCAUCUAUCCUUCCUCGGCAAACGUCUCGCUGAGCAUUGACGGCCUGCUUGACUAUGUCCUCCGCGACUUCAUCACCGUCUGGUACAAGAAUAUCAGUCUCCGACCGCUGUUUCAGAAUGAGGUGGAUCGUGCAAUCAGACAAGUCCUGGACAACGUGCGUAAGAGGACCCAGCAACUCGACAUGGUCGAACUCGGUGUCGCCAGAAUCGUCCCCAUCUUGACCAACCACAUGCGCGACUUCUACAAUGCCGAACGAAUCGUCAGAGGGAAGAAUCUGUCUCGCGACAUGACCGAGUCUGAAGAGUUGGACCUUGCUAUAGCCGCCAAAUUCAGAGACGGCAAACUUCAUCCAGCUGCAGCUCUGGCCUUUUCCGAUACAAAACUUCUGCAGCAAACUCAUCUGCGUCGUCUGGUUUCUAAAAUACUACCUCUCGUUAUGCCCGAGUAUAUGAAGACUAGUGCGGCUGUGUCUACUCUGGUCAAGGAGAUUGUCGCAUGCGCUGUUCUCACCCCUAUUGUCUUGAUGCUUUCCGAUCCUGACUUCUUUAACCAACUCAUCGAGAACUCCGGACGUACCAUGCUUCAAGAUCGCAAAUCCGUCCGCAAACUACGAGCUGCACUGGAUGAACAUGCUGUACCUACCCCUCAACAUCCCAAAGCUGCUCAAUUCCCUCGUCUCAGGCCAAACGAUAACGAAAGGCAAUUUGAGAGAUUCAUCCGUGCGACUCGCAAUUGUGCCACUCUCUCUGACGCUAGACGCUUUAGAAGUGAAAUUUCCAGUCAAGUACGAAAGGCUACUUCUGGCCCAGAGCAGGACCCUGUCUACCUCCGCCGUCUGGAAUCCGGGCGUCGCAUUCUGGAUCAGAAGAUCGCCCACUUCACCGCUGGCGGAUCUGCCAGACCAAAGCUGACAGUGAAAGCUUCUACAUCUAGUGUUGAGCAUACCUCGAAGCUGAGCCAAGCUUCUCUGAACGAAAUUCUCCACAGUGCAUCAGGUCUCUCCUACUUCAUGGAGUUCAUGGACAGGAAAAGCCGCAUGCGUCUAGUGCAGUUUUGGAUUGUGGUAGAUGGUUUCCGUAACCCUCUCGAGNNGGGGGACAACGAUGAGCCAGAGCAAGAGUUACAAGAUACUCCUUGGACGUCCUCAGAUAGGAUGGACCUGGAACAGAUGUAUGAAGCAUAUCUCACAAAGCCCGAACUCAACGUGCCAGAUCACGACAGGCAGGCGGUACGAGAUUUCCUGCGCGCCGGUCGAUCAGCAGAUGCUCGACUCUAUGUUUCUGCUCGACGCGCUGUCCUUCGAGCGCAAACGUCUGUCUUCGAGGAGAUGAAGCAACAGCAUUUCGAUCAUUUUAGGAAGUCAGAUCUGUUCUACAAGUGGCUUGCUACCGAGGAAAGUUCUAUCAUGUCAGCCACCUCAGAUGGUCAUCAGGAACUUUCGAGAUCAUUGUCAGUUGGUGGUGAGAGGGAUCGACCGCUUCAUCGAGAAGCUCGACCAGCGGCUGUGCUUUCUCCAAAGUCGCCCCUCGCACCUGAGCUCAGGCGGCCGGCAAUGUCAUCUAGCGAUCUGAAAAGUUUCGUCAAGCCUAGUGUUGUCGCCAGCCCAGUGAGGCAAUCAAUGGACGGUGGACGACCUCGGCCUUUGUUCGAUGACGAUGUUGAGGAUGAACGUAUGACUCGAUCUGUAUCUGCACUCAGUAGCAUGGACUUGGACAUCGAGGGCGAUCAACCUCACGAUGACUCUGCCCAGGUGGUUGAUGCUAUGCAGGCCGCUUUGAACGAAAUCAUGGACGAGCCAGAUAACGGCUCGAUUUUCUCUUCGGAGAGUUUAGGUGUAAGCAAUGACUCGCCAAGGACGUCCUUGGAUGGUGCGAGACCUUCUCUGAUCCAGACGAGAUCGAAACCUAGUAUUGCCUCGCUUGGCUUGGUAGGAGCCGUUUCAAGUAAAGGAGUCUUCGAGGAUGAUUUGUUCGGAGAAGAGGAAAAGUUCGCUGAAGACGAGAAAGAAGAUUCGGAUCUAGCUGACAAGUCAAUCGAGGACGAUAUUCAUGAAGCUGCACCUGGUGAUCUUGGACUCACAGAAGCUAUUAGCACUCUCAACGCAGAUAUCGAUCGGCUAACCGCUCAAGAUGCCAUCUUGGACUCACUGACGAAGAAAGCUGAGUUGACCAACAACGCAGCUGAAUUACGCAUUCUACGCAAGUCGAAGCAAAGCUUAGCAAGGGAGAUACACCGCAAGGAGAUGCAAAAACAACAGUAUACUAUCCAGGAGAGUGAUAAUAGCUUGUAUGGAAGAGCGGCUGUCAACAUAAAGUCGAUCAUGGUCGGUAGAGAAGAAGAUGACGUUAUUGAAGUUCGACGUCAGGCAGGCGACCAGAUGCCUGCUGCAGUAUGGAUGGUCACUAGACGGUAUAGCGAGUUCCACGAGCUGAACAAGCGUCUUCGAGAGAGAUUCCCUGCUGUCAGGAACUUUGAGUUCCCGCGUCGACAAACACUGUUCACAUUGCAGAAGGACUUCUUGCAAAAGCGAAGGGCAUUACUUCUGAUCCCGGCCAUUUGCCGUAGUAGAGAGCUUCGUGCUUUCCUGUCCCAGUCACGAAUCACAACGAGUGCUAAUGGCAGUGGGAUCGACGAGAAAGAUUUUGUGACCAGAAUCUAUAACUCAGUCACAGACGGCAUGGAAGAAUUCUUGGGCAACAUACCAGUCCUCGACCAGCUCUCGGUCGCUGGCCAGAACCUAAUCUCGGCAGCGACUGCCCAAAUGAGUGGAGUACCACUGAAUCUCAACGCCCCUGAGUUCUCAUCAGAUCCGGCCUCUGCUGCAGAAGCCGAGGCCGAAAUCAACGCUUUCGAAGAUCGCGAGGCAGAACCCUUUGUUAAGCCCAUCUGUGACAUCUUCCUGGAGAUAUUCGAGUUACANAAAGGCACUAGCUGGCUGCGAGGUCGUGCCGUUGUUGUUGUGUUGCACCAACUUCUCGGGGGCACUAUAGAGCGCAAAGUACGCGAUGCAGCGAAAGGAUUCGGACAGGAAGACACAAUUAUCCGCUAUCUCGAUCUUGUCAAGAAUCUCAUGUGGCCAGACGGUCAAAUGAAGCAAGGCGGUGUCCCACGAACAGCGGCUCAGAAAGCAGCCAGUCAGAAGGAAGCAGGACUCUUGCUUGCGACGCUGGUGCCAGAUUUGGCAGGCAGUGUGGUGGGAAGGCAGAACGCGCAGGCCGCGAGUAGGAAAGUGUUUGCCAUGCUGAACAAUCAGCGGCUGAAG